GCAUGGGCUCGAACGCUCUGGAGAACAGUGUGGUCGGGCACAACGCGGCUGCGAGCGCCUGCGAGAAGGGCUACGAGUGGGCGCGCGCCCUCGGCGUGCUCUCAGCCCUGCGGAGCUCGAAAGAGGAGCCUGGAGUGGUGUCCUACGCCGCCGUCGCUUCUGCCUGCGAGAAGAGGCGGCGCUGGGAGGUGGCGUUCCAGCUCGCACUGGAUCUGGAGGCCGCAGGUGGUGCUCAAAACGUCGUGCUACGAGGAAGUCUCGUGAGUGCCUGCGAGAAGGAUCGCCGCUGGGAGGCGGGCAUGCUGCUCUUGCAGGCCUUCCGUCCCUGGCGUGUGAGCCAGCAGGAGAUCGGCUUUGCUUCCGCAACCUCUGCCUGCGAGAAAGCCAAGUGCUGGCGGCAGGCGAUGGGUCUGGUGCGCUUCAUGCACCAGUGCGGCAUGCAGCCAUACAUCUUCAGCGCCAACGCAGGGCUCAGCGCGCUGGAGAAGGCGGCGUGCUGGGCUCGCGGGCUGGCUCUCUUCGAGGACUUCGCGCUGCUUGGCCGAGCAGUAUGGUAG